AUGCUUUCAGGUUACGGAACCCCCUGGAUAGGACAUGCUCCUAUCUACGUUCCCAACGCUGUCUCCACUGCUAACUUAGUGAAGGCUGCUCCGGUCCCCAUCAUUCGAACCCAAAUAAUCCCUGUGGUUUCUGCUCCAGUGCUAAAUGCAGGCUACGGUUGGGGUAAUCUGGGAUGGAAAGGUCUAGGUUGGAGUGGACUAGGCUGGGGUGGCCUUGGAGGGUGGGGUGGUCAUGGAGCUUGGGGUGGUCACGGAGGAUGGGGUGGUCACGGAGGAUGGGGUGGUCACGGAGGAUGGGUUGGUUAUGAAGGCUGGGGCAAGCAUUAA